GGGGCCAGGGCUCUGCAGAGGGAUCUGGACAGGUUGGAUCCAUGAGCCGAGACCAAAGUCUGAUCCAUGAUGGGCUCCGCGAUACCCGCCGUUCCCAGCCGGAUCUACACCGGGAUCAGCCGCUCGCUGCAGGCCAUUCCCCGCAGGGCGUUCUCUCCUUUCCCAGAGGAAGGAGGAAUGCUCAGCUCAGGAGGCGCUCCUCGCCCCACGGAGACGCUUCGCCCCCGGUUCGCGUCCGCCCCGCAGCGACCGCCAAUGGCCCAGAGCUGCGCUGCGGCGGCCCCGAUGCAUCCUGGGACAUGUGGUCCAGCGGCUGUUGCAGAUGCUAAGGGCGGUUGCCGAGAGGACGCCGUUUCCCAGGGCGCAGUGCGACGAGCGGCGCAGUGCAUCCUGGGGUUUGUAGUCCAGCCCCACACACACGCGCGGAGUAGAGUGGCCCAGCGGCGCUGCAGGACUACAUUUUCCGGCGUGCCCCGCGACAGGGCGGGUCGAGGUGCGCGCCAAGAUGGCGGUGGGGAAGGAGGUGUUGGAGCUGGACCUGUACGGCCUGCUGGGCAUCAGCGAGAGGGCGACGGAGAAGGAGGUGAAGACAGCGUUCCGGCAGAAGGCUCUGACUUGCCACCCAGAUAAGAACCCAGACAAUCCCAGAGCAGCGGAAAUCUUCCACCAGCUGUCUCAGGCCUUGGCCGUGCUGACAGAUGGAGCAGCAAGGGCGGCGUAUGACAAAGUGCGAAAGGCGAAGAAGCAGGCAGCAGAAAGGACACAGAAACUCGAUGAGAGGCGAAAGAAAGUCAAGCUUGAUCUUGAAGCCAGAGAGCGAGAAGCCCAGGCCCAUGAGAGCGAAGAGGAGGAGAUUGGGAUAACAAGAUCAUUGGAACAAGAAAUAAUUCGCCUGCGUGAAGAAGGCUCCCGCCAGCUUGAGGAGCAGCAGAGGCUCAUCCGAGAACAGAUCCGGCUUGAGAGAGAGCAGCACAUCCACGGCAAGCAAGAAAGAAAUGGAGCAGAAGGCAAAGUAACUCCCAAACUCAAACUAAAAUGGAAAUGCGGGAAAGAAGAUGAGACGAGAGGGGGCUACUCCGAAGAUGUUCUGCUGCGGAUCCUGCGGAAGUAUGGCGAUGUGCUCAAUUUGGUGAUCUCGAGUAGGAGGACUGGGAGUGCCGUCGUGGAAUUCGCUACGGCUAAGGCCGCUGAGAUGGCUGUGAAGAAUGAAGUUGGCCUGACAAAUAAUCCCCUGAAGAUUUCCUGGCUGGAGGGCCAGCCCCAGAACCAUCCCAGCACCGUCCUUCCUAACAGCGCCGCUCAGCCCAGGACCUCACAGUUCCCUCAGGCAUUCUCUCUUCUGGCACUGUCCAUCACUGUCCAGAGUGUGGCUGUUCUGGUUCAAGAUGAUGACUUGGUUGCCCAGCUUUUUGUGUCUCCUGAGUGAGAAACGUCUGAAGAACGUUGUGGACUUGAGGGACCCUCUCCGCCAAGUAUCCAUGCUGAUGGAAGGCAGCGAGAAGAAGGAAACUGCUGACUCUUCACAGUCGGGCGUUGGGCUUAAGUUGCGGGAUGAGCAGCGAGCCACGCAACAGGAACAACCUCUUCCUUCCCCGUUCCCGUAGCUGGAAGGAAAACAGAGAGGCUGGUAUUGCAGGAAAUGCAAACUUCACGUUAACGUCCCCGUGUUAUGGCCUGGCUUAGAUGUUAAGGAGUCUCUGUCUCUCGUGGAGAAGGAACGGCGGUGUCUGAGCUUAUUAAAUAUGUGCUGCAGAAACAAACUGGUGAAGAACAGCGAAGGCGCACAGUCACCAUGAGAACAGACUUAAUCCAGCAUCUAGAACAGAAGGGCACUGCGGUGCCAUGGUAACCAGGCACCUUCGUGGUGAGGGCCACGGUAUAAAAAUCUCAGUGGGCGGCUGGGAAGGGAGACGGUGACUCAGUCGCAUUGAGGGAAAGCAAGGAGAUGCAGUCAAAUGGAAUUUAAAAAGCAACAAAACACAGAUGUAAAAGGUGAACGUUAGGAAAAUUGGAUGCAAAAUAGACUUACGCUGUGUCGGAGCGGCACCCGGGUCCAGUGGGUGGCGAGGAGAACCUGUGGAAGCACUCGGAGAACGGUGAGCACCACGUUCGCUGGGAUGCUGGGAUGUCAGAAGCAGCAAAUCCAGGGACAAUUCAGCCAGGUGGGACCAGGAAUGCUAAAAAUCCCCAAUGCCUCCUUCUCUUCAUGAGCCUCCUGUCACCACUUCCCAGGCUGCAGUUCUUGUGCGUGUGCGUUUGUUGUGAGCCAAGCCCUUGCUGAGUCAGCCACGUCAGGAACUGGGUUUGACACUACUGGUAAUUGCCAGGAUUGCAGGAAGUAGGUGUGGAGAGCAGCAAAGCAUCGGCCCACACUCAGCCUGUGGAGACAGCGAGCUCCUUUGGAGGCAUCCGGAUUGCCUGAGGACCGGCACCGCCAAUAUCCACUCGUGGCCCGCCUUGGCUCUGACCGUUUGUUCUCUUGGUGCUCGUCCUUCUGCCACUUCUGGUGGCUUCUUCCAUCAGCCCGGCUCCCAAACGAGGCUGGGAAUCAUCUCUUGUCUGUUUUAAAUGUAAAUCCAGAGCGUGAGGUAGUGAUUCCGGUUUGUACAGGUGAUUCAUCUGCAUGAGGCUCAGGUAGGCUGCUCCAUUUGGCCGAGCGAAUGGCAGCGAGUGUGUGGUUGGUGGACAGGAGCUUUGAAAAGCUUUGUUCUGCCACUGAUAAAAUCUGGUGCCUUCUCAGGCACCGUCAAAAUCCAUGCUGUGCAGCACUGAAAGGUUGUUUCAUCCAUCCAGAUGCCAAUUAUGGCAUAUUAGUCUCUUAAUUCCCCUGUUCAGGUUUGUCAUCUUGUGGGCUUCUGUCUUGCCCUCACUGCAGCUGGAGGAACCGCUUCCCUGGCCCGUGAGAAGCAGGAGAACUGGAGCUGUGUGAACAUCAUGAGGUUCAACAAGGCCAAGUGCAAGGUCCUACACCUGGGUCAGGGCAAUUUGCAGUUUCAAUACAGGCUGGGGGACCUCACUGAGAGCAGCCCUGAGGAGAAGGACUUUGGGUGCUGGAGGAGUUCUCCUCUCUCAACGUGAGCCAGCAAUGUUCUCUCCCAGCCCAGAAACCACCCGUGUCCUGGGCUGCAUCCGGAGCAGUGGGACCAGCAGGGAGGGAGGGGAUCCUGCCCCUCUGCUCUGCUCUGUGAGACCCACCUGGAGCCCGUGUCCAGCUCUGGAGUCCUCAGCACAGGGACAACACGGAGAUGUUGGAGUGAGGGCACAGGAGGCCACGGAGAUGAUCCGAGAGCUGGAGCGGCUCUUUUACGAGAAUGGGCUAGAAGAGUUGGGGUUGUUCAUUCUGGAGAAGAGAAGGCUGUGGGGAGACCUUAGAGCAGCUUCCAGGACUGGAACGGGCUCUGGGAAAGCUGGGGAGGGACUUUUUACAAGGGCCUGUAGUCACAGGAUGAGGGGAAUGGCUUUAAAUGAGAAGGGCGAAGAUUUAGAUUAGACAUUAGGAAGAAAUUCUUGACACUGAGGGUGGGGAGGCCCUGGCCCAGGUUGCCCAGAGCAGUGUUGGCUGCCCCAUCCCUGGAGGGGUUCCAGGCCAGGUUGGAUGGGGCUUGGAGCCCCCUGAUCCAGUGGGAGGUGUCCCUGCCCAUGGCACGGGGUGGGACUGGAUGGGCUUUGAGGUCCCUUCCAACACAAACCAUUCCAGGAUUCUAUGAUAACAAAUCAACUCAUGCCCCAUUUUCACGCAGAGUCUUAGCUGUUCUCUUGCCUCCUCCUCCCUUCUGCUUCCAGAGAUCCUUAAAUCACCACUGACUCCGGUUCCUAGAAAACUGAGCAUGAGAUAUUCCCAUUCACCUUCCCUCAGGAUGUUUUGAUUUCUACCUGAGCUGUCACACAAAUGGGGUGGAUGUUUCCAAGCACUGCAGAGCUUUGAAUACGUCUGAAAUAGCAAGGCCACCUACUGACGUUCGAAGGCUUGGAAAGCAGAGCCAGAGCCUCCGCUUUCCCCCGCGACAGCAGCUGUCAGCGCUGCCUACGUCUCUUAGGUAGAGUCUGCAGCCACCGCUUGACGUGACAGUUGCCAUCAUAGGCCUCCAAGAGCUUUUGAGAGCUGAAAUGCUCUUGUGUCAGGUUUGGAAAUGCACCUGGGGGGCAGUUCCUGUGGCCGCUUCCAUGACUAAACCACAGAAAGCCUUGAUUGGGUUUUUUUAUGGCAUUUGUAAGGAAUGAGGUGUAGGCCAGACUUUGUGUUGUGCUUGCAGAGUGAGCUUGUCCUCCGCAAUAACCAGCCGCAGCGGGGUGAGCCGCACUUCUCAUCCCCCCUCCUGUGAGCAGGGAAUAGCAGCAGCAGGAGGGUAAUUCCAGCUCCCCGUCUGUCCUGCUCUCUCGUUAUUAACGCCGUUACGAGGAGAAACGUUUCUGCAGGCCAGGCACCUUUUGCACCUUUCCUCCUUUCUCCAGGGUCGUGCUGCUCUGAGCCACUUCCCUGACUGGAACGGGCCUGCGGUGAGGGUGGUUCAUGGAGGGUUUGCACUGCCCGUGACGGGUUGUUU